AUAACCAACCAAUAUAUAAGAGUGACAAUGAUGUAUGCACCUGCUGCUGCUACUAUAAGAAGAUGUGGAGGUUGAACACUGCCAUAAAUAAAAGGCGUUGAACACUGCCAACACUGUGGUUGCUAUAAAACUUUCACACAUGAGACUCCAUACAUAUAUGAUAUAGUUGCUAAUUUUCAAUAUCCUCUUUCCUUUUGCGCCUAGAACAUAUAUGUUGAACUUUGCAACACAUAUAUAAAAGAUUAUGCUACUAUAAGAAAAUGUGGAGGUUGAAGAUAGGUGAUGGUGGAAAGGACCCAAACAUAUUCAGCACAAAUAACUUUGUAGGGAGGCAGACAUGGGAGUUUGAUCCUCAUGCUGGUACUCUUGAGGAGAGAGCUCAAGUUGAAAAAGCUCGUCAACAUUUCUACGACAAUCGAUUCAAAGUUAAGUCAUGCAGUGACCUUCUUUGUCGUCUUCAGAUUUUGAGAGAAAAUAACUUUAAACAAACAAUAACAAGGGUAAAGAUAGAAGAUGAAGACGAGGUAACAGAAGAAAAAGUCACAACCACGUUGAAAAGAGCUGUUCAUUAUCUAUCAGCACUUCAGUCUACUGAUGGCCAUUGGCCUGCUCUAAAUGCGGGGCCUCUCUUCUAUUUUCCUCCUUUGGUCUUUUGUAUGUACGUUAUAGGACAUCUUGAUUCGAUGUUCCCCGAAGAGUAUCAGAGAGAGAUUCUUCGUUACAUAUAUUGUCAUCAGAAUGAAGAUGGAGGGUGGGGGCUACAUGUUGAGGGGCAUAGUAUCAUGUUUUGUACUGUACUCAACUACAUAUGUAUGCGGAUACUUGGAGAAGGUCCAAAUGGAGGUAAAGAAAAUGCUUGUGCUAGAGCAAGAAAAUGGAUUAAUGAUCAUGGUGGUGUGACACAUGUACCUUCAUGGGGAAAAAUUUGGCUUUCGAUACUUGGUAUCUUUGAUUGGUCUGCAAGCAACCCAAUGCCCCCUGAAUUUUGGAUGCUUCCCUCAUUUCUUCUUAAGCAUCCAGCUAGAAUGUUGUGUUACUGUCGAUUGGUAUACAUGCCUAUGUCUUACUUGUAUGGGAAGAGAUUUGUGGGUCCAAUCACACCACUCAUCUUAAAGUUGAGAGAAGAACUCCUUACUCAACCUUAUGAAAGAGUUGAUUGGAAAAAAGUUCGCCACCAAUGUGCUAAGGAAGAUCUUUACUAUCCCCAUCCUUUGAUACAAGAUCUAAUAUGGGAUAGUUUAUACAUUGUCAUGGAACCAAUAAUGACUCAUUGGCCGUUUAACAAGUUGGUUAGAGAAAAAGCCCUCCAAACUGUAAUGAAGCAUAUCCACUAUGAAGAUGAGAAUAGUCGAUACAUAACCAUUGGAUGUGUUGAAAAGGUGUUGUGCAUACUAGCUUGUUGGGUGGAAGAUCCAAAUGGAGAUGCUUUCAAGAAGCAUCUUGCAAGGCUCCCAGAUUUCUUGUGGAUUUCAGAAGAUGGAAUGACCCUGCAUAGUUUUGGUAGCCAAACAUGGGAUGCUAGUUUGAUCAUUCAAGCUUUGCUUGCAACUAACCUAACGGAGGAUAUUGGUCCAACACUUGCUAAAGGACAUGAAUUCAUCAAGAAAUCUCAGGUUAGGGACAACCCUUCAGGAGAUUUUAAGAGCAUGUAUCGUCAUAUCUCUAAAGGAUCGUGGACCUUCUCUGAUCGAGAUCAUGGAUGGCAAGUUUCUGAUUGCACUGCAGAAGGUUUAAAGUGUUGUCUGCUUUUAUCAAUGUUGCAUUCGGAGAUUGUGGGGGAAAAGAUGGAACCUGAAAGUUUAUAUGAUUCUGUCAAUAUCAUAUUAUCACUUCAGGGUAAAAAAGGUGGUGUACCAGCUUGGGAGCCAUCAGAAGCUGUAGAAUGGUUGGAACUACUGAAUCCAAUAGAAUUUCUUGAGGAAAUUGUAGUUGAGCGUGAAUAUGUUGAAUGCACUGCAUCAUCAAUUCAAGCACUGGUUUUGUUUAAAAAAUUAUAUCCUGAGCAUAGAAAGAAAGAGGUAGAGAGUUUCAUUGCAAAGGCAGUUCGAUUUAUUGAAAAUAAACAAACAAGUGAUGGUUCAUGGUAUGGAAAUUGGGGAAUUUACUUCACUUAUGCUUCUUGGUUUGCACUUGGUGCUCUAGUGGCUGCUGGCAAGACCUAUGAAAAUUGUGCCGCCAUUCGCAAAGCUGUUAAAUUUUUGCUUACAAUACAAAGAGAGGAUGGUGGGUGGGGAGAGAGUCAUCUUUCAUGCUCAAAAAAGACAUAUGUACCUCUUGAAGGAAGCCAUUCAAAUAUUGUACAGACAUCAUGGGCUCUUAUGGGUUUAAUUCACGCCGGCCAGGUAGAGAGAGACCUCACUCCUCUUCAUCGUGCUGUAAAAUUGAUCAUCAAUUUCCAACAAGAAGAGGGUGAUUGGCCGCAACAGGAAAUCACAGCAGUAUUCAUGAAAAAUUGCAUGCUGCAUUACACACUGUUUAGGGAUAUAUUUCCAAUGUGGGCUCUAGCGGAAUAUCGUAGACGGAUUAUGUUGACUUCUACUGCAGUUUAAAAACGAAGUGCUGCGCACAAAAGGAAAAGCCAUAUCAAUAAAGAAUCAGGCAAACUCACGAACAACUUUGAAAAAUUCAAUGAAAGAUGAAAGGAGGGAACCAACCCAAUGUGCAGACCAAAAAGAGGCCAAUGCUAUUUUUCUUAUCAAUUAUUUCCAUUGGUCAGAACUUGAACCUAUUAGGCCAUAACAAUUAAAAGAAAUAUAUAGAGGGUUGUGUGAAUUUAUGGAAUUUCAAGAAAUUAGUACAUUGUUGUAUUUACAUGCAAUUUUACAAACUUGAUUUCUCUCCUUGGAACUUAUAUGCUUGCUCAAGCAUUCUUAUCUUGAGUCCUCUAUAGUCUUUAUGGCCGGAGCUCUGUUGCAGGAAGAACAUCAACUUUUUGUGUUUGCUCAAGCAUUCUUAUUGUGUUUGGCCAUCAACUUUUUGUCCUAAAAAUCUAGUUGAUUUUUCUGUGCCAUACAAAAAUGUGUGAUACUAA